ACCUCGAACAGAGAACAUUGAAUAACAAGCGGAAGCGAAAAGCGCAUAGCCAGAAAAGUUCGUCAAAAGCGACAAGUUUUCAUUGUACGUUUUCCCGCCAAAUGAGUCAGAAAAUUUUCACAAGUGCUCGAUACGAAAAAUAAAGACUUGAAAAAACUCAAAAGUGCAAGCAGUGAAUAUAAUAAAAUAUUCUGAGAUUUUUAUAAAAAAAGACUAAAAAUAUAUACGAAAGUUAUAUAUUUUUUUAAGCAAUACAAAAAUAUAAAUAUUAUACGUGUAUAAAAAAACAAAUCGCAAUGGCCAUUGCCUACUUCAUACCCGACCAGGCCCAAUUGUUGGCCCGAAGCUACCAGCAAAAUGGACAGCAGGCAGCCACGAGUCCGAGGUCAUCUGCAACACCUGCUGCAACUCCGCCGCAACCGCAACAGGCGCAGCAGCAGCAUCGGCAGCAGCAGCAGCAGCAACAACAUCGCCCACAAUUUCGUGCCAACAUCUCCGUGCCGCUGGGAAGUCAACAGGGAUCGAUGUCCAUGUCGGAGUUUGGAUGCUGGGAUCUCCUCGCCCAGAUCUUCUGCUACGCGCUGAGAAUCUACAGCUACAACUCCAGCCACCGACGACCCACAGUCAUCCAAAUAUCCUUCGAGAUCAGCAGCGGAAGUCAGGAUAACGAGGAAGAUGAUGUCACAGAUGCAACGUCGAAGGAGAAUUAAAUUUGGUUUACGUUUUUCAUCCGGGUGGAGAGAAAAUCUUUUCGAUUUUCUGGGAAAGGCAGGCUCAAUCAAAGCGCAUUGUGAUUUCUUUUUUGGGAACGAGGAACGAGUUUUGUAAUAAAAUGGGAUAUUUCCACAUCAAAAUAAGAAGAAUAUUUUUUAAACUAUUUUUGGAAGAGAGAGAAAAAAAUUCAAAAUUUGUCAUCGAUUUGCUUAAAGUGAUAUUGAUUGUUUGUUACUUUUAUAAGGUGUCAAAUUUUUCGAAUUCAGUUUGAGAAAAAUGUUUAAUUUUGCAAGCAAAGGUUUCCCGGUUGGUUCAAACACCUAUAAUUUUAGUUUAUUUUGAGAGCAGCAAGCAGAUACUUCAGAUGUGUAUACUUAUCGUAAACCUAAUUAGUGUCUAUACAUAUGGGUAAAACCACAAGUAUCGUAUUCAACAAAGAACUAAUUGUCAAAUUUUUGCAUUUUAACUACUUACAUAUAUAAAACCUAACAAAGUCAGAUAUAGAACACAGAACCAACAAAGAUGCAACAGCAGCAACAAGAACAACAAAAGACAACAACUCAAUUGUACAAAAUAGAUAUUAAGCAAACAGCUAAUUUUAUAUGUUUACAAAAAAUAAAGAAAGCAAAACUGCAAAAUAUCUACAAUCCAGCUACAAAAAAAUAUAAAACUAAAAAACCGCCGAGCAGUAAAAAAAUUGUAAACCAAAAUAAAACAAGCAACAAACUUAAGCAAUUUUGAUACGAAUAAUCAAGAACAACAAAAUCGAAAUGUAUUUUACCAUUAUUAUUGAUUUUAGCAAAAUUAAAAAAAUAUAUAUUUUCCUUUUGGCAUUGCAAAUUAAACGAAAAAAAAUAUUUAAAUUAAUCGAAUGUAAAAAAUUAGAGUUUGUAAGCAAUUAACAUUUUUAUAAAAUACAAGCAAAA